AGUUCGUUUUAUCGUUACAAUGACAGACUUUAACGACCGGAAGUUUAACGGAGGGCUGGAUGGAUGGCUACCGAGAGCGUGCGGGCAGGUUCGAUAGUGGUCGGUUGAUGGCCAAUACCAGCAUCAGAAGGUGAUUGCAUAUGGUGCAUAGGCAUAUACAUUGUAUCCAAUUGCACAACGAGUGUGUGAUCACGAUUGUUGACAAACGCUGGGUCACGUGAUCUCAACCCACCAAUCACAUUGUCGCUCUACGGUAGGUUUGAUUUGUUUCACCUUGUGUGCCUAUGUCUAUCUACCAGACUCCCGUAUAGAUGAAACGCAACGUAUCCGCUCUCCGGUGCGACGAAGAUACACUUUACAUAAAAAUCGAUUUGUUUCACAUAGGAGCAGAUGCUGUACUGCCAAAUCUGUAUUGAUAGGUCCUCCCAGAAGACAACGGAUUUUUUCUUAAUUAUAGCCGGACAAUUCUGUUUAAGGCGUAUUGUUAUGAUCAGGCAAUAAAAUAAAGGCGUUUUAUAAUCAUCACCUACCUAAAUUAUACCAGAGAGAGGCUGCCGUUACAAAAGCAUACAGGUUGAAACAGGUAACCGCGUCUUACCUUCUUCAUCUUCAGCAUAAAGCCACAGUAUGGCGACCAGUGCAAAGAGACCGUCCUUGCAGGGCCCGGUGCCCCCUCCUCGGAAGAAGACCAGCCCCAAGCCCGAGCUCACCGAGGAGCUGAAGCAGGAGAUCCGGGAGGCGUUCGAGCUCUUUGACACCGACGGCUCCGGUCACAUCGAUGUCAAGGAGCUCAAGGUUGCCAUGAGAGCACUAGGGUUCGAGCCAAAGAAGGAGGAAAUCAAGAAAAUGACAAGUGACGUGGAUAAGGAAGGCACGGGCAAGAUUUCUUUCAGCGACUUCCUCUCUGUCAUGACACAGAAGAUGGCGGAAAAGGACUCCAAAGAGGAGAUUUUGAAAGCGUUCCGUCUGUUCGAUGAUGACGAGACUGGGAAGAUCUCCUUCAGAAAUCUCAAGAGGGUGGCAAAGGAGCUGGGAGAGAAUCUCACAGAUGAAGAGCUCCAGGAGAUGAUCGACGAAGCGGACCGGGACGGAGAUGGGGAAGUGAACCAGCAGGAAUUCCUGCGGAUCAUGAAGAAGACAAGCCUUUACUGAAUGAAGUGUAUGUCAUGUAUGAGACACAUAGAUACACACAUCCACCAAGGUUAUUAUAGUUAAGCAUUUUUAAUUUUUUUUCGUGUAAUUUCCCUUUUUUUAUUUCCAAUUUUAGUUCAGAAUCCAUUUGUUUUUAAUGCCAGUUUGCUACUUUAGUUUAGUUUAAAAAUAAAUAAUUGCUUAGUAACAGGUUCCUUUUUUAUUACUUUCAGUAUACGUUUUAUUAUAUUUUUUGUAAUAUGGGGCAUUUGUCAGGGGAAAGAUUACAACUUUUCAGAAAACCUAUUGUGUAAUAAAAACUCCACCAUAGCAUUGAAAAUGUAUUCACCUAGGACAGAUGAACAACCAUCCACCAAAGACUGAUUGACAAAGACGAAAUCAAAAUACAUUUUCUCUAUCAAUUAUUUUGUCUAGUUUUGUAAAUACACAAUAGUUUAAUUUAAUUAUGUUUUUUUUGUACAGCCUCGUCUUUAUAUUUAUUUUAGUAAACGGAAGUCUUUUUCACACCUAGUGCUCGUUAUUUUGUUAACGAUGGUAACCUUGACCCCCCACCAACACACACAGACACAGGGUUGGUUGGUGCUAUGGAUAGGUGCACUAGAGGAAAGCAGCAGGGGUUGUUGUUUUUGUUUUGAUCUUUGUUAUUUAAUGUAGUUCUGUCUCAAAUACCCCCCCCUAUAUUUCUCUGUCACGCCAUAGCCUUUAGGCUACCUUUUUUAAAGAUGCAUUGAGGUUUACAAAUUUAACAGUAUAUUAUGCUAGAAAGAGGUCUAUUAUUUUGAAUUACAGUGACAGUUUGUGGUCUAACUCCACAUUAUUGCACAUUUUCUGGAAAGACCAUUUGCCAAUAUUUCUACACAAGGCAAUGCAAGACGAACGUGGUUUUGGCAUACCUCCCUAUACCGUAUAAUAAAUCAUGCCUUAUUAUGAUAUAAUAAGCAACAGUAGUUAUAUUUUUAUCAUUUCAUAUGUUUAAGUGGAUGCUCAGAGUGCCUGAUAUCGGUAACCCGACACCUCUUCUUUCAUGCGGACUCGCGCCGGGCUUCCUGUCUUUAAACCAGUCGCUUGAUCGAUUUAAUUUAUUUAUCAAUUUGUGGUUUUUACUAGUAAUCAUAUUUUUCCUAUUUAAACCUGCUUAGUGGGAUGUGUUCUCAAUGUGUGUGUUGCAUUGUGAACACUCUGUUUCAGGAUGAUCUAUAUUCGCCGUCUCUCGUAUGUGCUUCUAGGACGCUCUGCUUCAUGGUAUUGCUACCUUUUUGUAAUUGCAUCUGAGCCUGUUCUGGGGUCUCCUCCUGACAAAAUCAGGGAAGUCAUCCAAGUCUCUCCCUCCGAGCCUGGGUGUCUCUCUUCCCAAAACUCAUCACUGAAUUGAGGAUGUUCUCAUUCGAUAUUUGCCAUUCCUUUUUUGUAUAAUUUGUCUUUGUAUCCUUGAAUGUUUUGUAAAAUGUAUAGCAACUGCAGCGGCAGAUAUACAAAUUGAUAUCUAUAUCUAUAAUAUAUAUAUAAAUGUGUGUUUAAAUAAAUAUCUUUAAGCAG